AUGAACUCCAUCCUCGGCGUCUUUAGUAAGAAAAACGACCGCGAGAAGCAGAAAGCGGAAGACAACAAAAAGCUGGACAAUAUCCAGUUUGCUUCCACUUUGGAAGGGAAAGGCAGUGCGGUAAAGAGGGAAGGAGGGAAGACUGAGAUGGUGAGUCAAUUCCUGGCUGGAUCAGAAAGAUUUGUGAAGCUCACGGUUUUGCAGAAGAACCAGCACGGCCAAAUUAAUAGCGCGGAGAAGGCGAAUCAGGAUCCUUGCACGAAGAGCAAGUGA